AUGGGGCGCAACGAUGAAGAUGGAGGGUGCCGAAUGUCCAGCGCUUCGGGGUUCCUCAUGGUGUUGUUGGCUAUGGCUAUCGCUGUAGGUGUUGGAUUAAUUGUGCACUUUGCUGGAAAUCAGAAGGAAUUGAAUUGUAACUGCUCGUGUGGUCCAGUAGAUGGUGCCGUGACAAUGGCUCCGGGAUUUUUGACGGAAACCUGUAAGGCGUCAGCUGUUCUUGGAAACCAAGAAUUGUGCGGGCUGUGUCCAGCAGCGACCACUGCGCAACCACAACAAUCAAUGACCACAACUAUGCAAAUGGAAACAACAUCAACAACGGCCAAUGCAACGACCCCACCAACUCCUCCUCCUGGACCGGUCAGAGAUGUUCGGCUGCCUACCUCAGUAAAACCGCUCCACUAUAUACUGCAGUUGAGGCCGGAGAUGUAUAACAACAGGCCAGAGACAUUUACUUUCAACGGUACCUAUGCGAUUACUAUAGAAUGCAAUAGUGCGACGAACAACAUCACUCUCCAUAUUGCCCAGCAAAACCUUACUGCUACACCAACAGUUGAGGCGGUCACUGUUGGUGAGAUAUCUCCUGUCGUCCUCAACACCACUAAAGACAUGUCUAGACAGUUCCUGAUCCUCGCGUUAGAUAAACCUUUAGUUGUUGGGGCUCAGUAUAUCAUUCGUCUCGCAUUUGAAGAUAAACUCUCGAACAAAGUUCUUCGGGGACUGCAUGUCAGCACAUACAAAGACGAAGCAGCCAAUAUGACGAAGUAUAUGGCUGUCACUCAGUUUGGGCCAACAUUUGCAAGACACGCGUUUCAUUGUUUCGACGAACCGACAAUGAAGGCAACGUUCGACAUUACACUAGAGAGACAGCCCCACAUUAUCAGUCUCUCCAACAUGCCAUUGACUAAUUCAGUGGACUUAGGAGAUGGUUAUUUUGCAGACCAUUUCGAUGUGUCGGUCAUUAUGCCUACAUAUCUUGUUGCCUUCAUCCUCGGCGAACUUGAAAGUGUAAACAAACAAACAACAAAUAAUGUUCAGUUCGGAGUUUAUACCACGCCGGCCAAUAUCAACCAGACGGGAUUUGCUCUGCAGAUGGGAAGUUCACUUCUUGACAGCUUUGAGGAGUAUUUCAAUAUUUCAUUCGCUCUUCCCAAACUCGACAAUGUGGGCGUGCCUGACUUUAUAUACGGUGCUAUGGAGAAUUGGGGAAUUAUAGCAUACCAAGAACGUUAUCUUUUAUACACGGAAGGUGUAUCUACCACAAGAAGCAUGGAACUAACAGCUGAGGUCUUGUCACACGAGAUUGUCCAUUCACCGGUGAUGGACGUGGACAGCGUGGAAAGUGUUAGCCCUCUUUACAGAGAGGCGUACGCACCUGAAGAUAUUCUAGCCUUGUUUGACAUAAUUACGUACUUCAAGGGUUGCGCUGUCAUUAGAAUGAUGUGGUUCUUCCUUGGACCAGAAACCUUCAGGAAAGGAUUACAGGGAUAUCUGAGAGAGAAGGCUUAUGGAAAUGUUGCUCAUGAUGAUUUAUGGAGAGCUCUGCAAACGCAAGCGAUCGAGGAUGGUAAAACCGAUUUUAACAUUAAAACUUUAAUGGAUUCCUGGAUAUUACAAACGAACUACCCGGUCGUGACAGUGAGGAGAGUAAAUGGAGGUCUUUACCUGAACCAGGGAAGAUUCCUUCUCCAUUCUGACAACACCACAGAUUUUGUUGGGUAUAGCUGGAAUAUUCCAUUUACCUACACUACAGAUCAGGAACUGGAUUUCAAUAAAACAUCAAAUGACGUUGUAUGGAUGGCACCCAAUACACAAGUAUACGCUACCGACGCCAGUAUCAGUAAGACGGGCGGAUGGGUCAUUGGAAACAUUCAACAUUACGGAUACUUCCGCGUGAAUUAUGAACCUGAUAAUUGGAAUGCUCUGAUCACCCAGCUUAAAACCGAUUUUACGAAAAUACGCGUGGUCAACAGAGGAACACUCAUCACAGACGUAUGGGCAUUAUUUAAGGCUGGACAGACUGAUUUGGUGACAGCCUGGGAUAUGUUGACCUACCUCCGUCACGAAACAGAAUACAUACCUUGGGCAUACGCUGCUAAUGAACUCGAGUAUCCAACCAAUAUGCUUGUUAGUCGUCCAGCCUACGGAAAUUUUGAACGGUUCAUGCUGAACUUGCUAGAAGGACGCUCACUGAAUGUUUCCUUGUACGACAACCGGCCUACACAGGAAAGGUAG